CUUCAGCAUAACAGAUCUUGGAACCAUAGCCUCAAUGAAUCAGUCACAACCCUAACCAGAGAGGUUUUCUCUCACAUGACAGAUGGGCAUCACAGAGCUGUGAACGGGUGGAUUCUGAGAGAGCCAAAGAGUGAGAAAAAGAAGUCAAACUGAACAGAAUGAGAGAAGGGAAGCAAGGUUGGCUGUUGCCUGUUUCUUUCUAUUAAUCUUUAAAUCUUCAGUAAUCGGGAUGAGAGGGCAGGAGCACGUUGCCCGACUUAGGACAGCGAGUCUAUGUUAGGACCGGGCUGAUGAGGCAGCAUAAGUCGACAGCAGAAAUGGAAGGAGAGAAAAGACAAGAGGUGGAAUCCGUUUGGGGAACUUAAACAGUUUCUGCAAACAGAAAGAGUGGAGUACAGAGUAAGACUUCAGCGGAAAAAGAAAAUUCAAAGACAGAAAAAUGGUAAACAAAAGUCACGGGUGGAUUUUAUAAGAUACGAGUGACAUGCAAAACUCCAUGUGUGAUCCCAGUCUGAAGGGGUUCUGAUGGCAACUGCAAACGACGACCCGCACCUGGGCGCCGGCCCGUCAGAAGACUCGGAGAUCCUUCUGGAUAGCUCUGACUCGGGGAGCAUACUCUCAGAUGACUCUGUACUUCCUGAGUAUGAAACAGACUCCAAAUAUAAGGAACCAGCUAAAACGCUGUAUGAAGCCUGUUCAAGGAACGAGUCCACAUCACUGAGCCGAAUGCUGGAGAGAGGAGUCACACAAGAUGAGGUCAUGGAGCUUGACAUCAACGGCAAGACGGGUUUGAUGGUGGCUGUAGCCAAAGGUUUUAUAGACAUUGUCACCAUGCUGCACAGUUGCCCAUAUGUGCACAUUAACCACCAGGACAAUGAUGGUAACACUGCUCUCAUGAUUGCUGCACAGGCAGGUUUCAUCACCAUCCUUAACUAUAUCCUAAACUAUUACACUGGUGUGGACACAGAAAUCAGGGAUCCUCGAGGAUUCACCGCCCUUAUCAAGGCAGGCCUGCAGGGCCGAGAAGACUGCGUUUCUGCUCUGCUAAUGCAUGGUGCAGACAUGUAUGCAAUGGAUCUGGUCCAAGGGAGAGGUCUUAAGGACUGGGUCCUUAGGACGGGAAGAUUUGAGACGCUCAACAGAAUACGUCGCCUGCAGGCUCAUCCUGUUGCAGAGCAGUUUUGUGAAAGUUACAAGCCUGAGUGGCCUGAGCUGAGGCAGCUGGUGGAGAAGGCCACCGCCCCAAAAACAGCUAGUCAAAAGUUGAGACAGCGUCUAAAGGAAAGCCUUACUUUUAAGUUUCCACAUGAUCCCCAAGACAACGGAGUGAUGGACCAUAUGGUGCGAAUAACUACAAGCAUCCACAGCCCCCUGAUAAUUACAGGCUCCCGCCCCCUCUGUCCCACCAGCCCUCCUGAGAUUGGAAAGCGUCGCUUUGCCGUAUCUGAACUGCUUGAAAAGCACAGCAGGAAGGAGCUAGAGGAAAGCACUGUGUCCCACACUAACGGAUCCAUCACCUCAUCUUCUCCCACUGCUAUGUCAGCCAAGUCUGUAUCUCUUACCUCUUGCUGCCAGGAUCCAGAGAGAAGGGGAAGCUUACCGUCAGGUGGCAUGAAAAGCUUUGUCCCACGCAGCAUGGCACACAGGAACAGCAUUUUUCCCUCAGGCUGCGUUCCUAAGAUUGAAGUAACAAAAUCAGGAGAGCCCACACCAAAGAAAGAGAAAAAAAAGAAGAGGCAAAAGGGUUACCUGGAGCCUCCAGUGUGGAAGUAUAAGGAGGCCAAAGAGGAGAAAAAGAGGGAGAGAAAAAAACAGGAGGCUGAAAAAGAGAAUGAGAAAAAAUCAAAGGGGUCAAAAAAGAAAAGCAAAAGCUGAAGAAGAAUAUGUUCCUGCGAUGAUGGAGGAUGAAUAUGUUAUAACAACAAACGCAAAAAAAAAAAGAAAACUUUAGGGGCUACCAUUUGACAUCAAUGGAUUUUAACUUAGCCGGGAGGUCAUGAGAUAACUGGGAUGACUUACAUUAGUUCCUCCCGAUGUAUUAUAUUCCUUUAAGGGUCAACGGUACUGUAGCUGUCAUGGCGUCGUAGACGUAGCAGACCCAGAUGCUGAAACCCGGAAGAAAACUCACAGCAAGGAUGACUUUAAAUGGAUUUAUUUUAGAGGUAAAUAAGUUUCUGAGGGGAUGUGGACGUAUUUCCUCCGUGGAUUGAACUUGGUGUUUCCUUUGAGCUGAUGCAGAUGAAGGGGAGGGGGCGACACGAGGACGCGUCGAACUGUGGAUCCAGAGGGAGCGAGGCUUGGGCGCUGAGGACAGCGGGACCGGCUUGAGGUAAGGCGUGGACGCCGAGGACGGCGGAAACCAGCUUGGAAUGAGGCGUGGAUGCCGAGGACGGCAGGACCAGCGUGGAGGGGAGGAACCAGCGUGACCAAGGUAGGAACCUGAAGGUGAGCACAAGAUGUGGUAAGUAUGGAGACAAGAUAAACUUAGCUGAGACUAAGAGGCCAGGCAUAAGCACCGGAGUGAGUAUAACAAACUGGCGUAGAAUUCUGGUGAGAGCUCCCUUAUGAAGACCGGCAGGAUGAUGAGAAGAUGAGGAUCAGCUGGUUCCAAUCAGCAAGGUGGUGAGAGCUGUAGGAGGGGGGGAGGUGAACUGACAGGCACCGUGACAGUAGCUUCCUUUUUGGGAUUUAAAGAUGCAUCCUCGUAAGUCAAGCGCCAUGGAUCAAAUGAAAACAACUUCUGGAGUGCAAAAGAUUGUGUGCAGGGAUAAUCAAUGCUCACCUUCCAGCACCUUUGUGAGAACUUAUCAACCUCUGUUUUCAAUCACCUUUGAGUAGUGUGCCAUCAUGGUAUUUGACUGCAAGAAAACCAAAUAGCCAAUAGCCUAUACUGUGUGUGCACAUAUAUAUGUGUUGAAAUGCCUUGAGAACCUAUUAUUAUUAUUAUUAUUAUUAACAAACUUAGGCAAAAACUGUCCAAACUAUGUCCUGUUGUUCACGUGUCAUGGUUUAACGUAUGCUUGUAGAGAUAAAGCUGCAGAAAAGACUAUUUUGUGACAACGUUUGAGCCUCCCCACAUUGCAAAAUGUAGCAUUAUACAGUUUGUUGCAGAAUUCUGCUCAGCAAGUUUCACUUUCCUGUCUUCUCAUGCAGACGCUAAGGAAGUAGCCGAGGCGUAUGUCUGUUCAAAUACCUCAUAUGGAAUAAAUAUUCUCAUCUUUUGAGUUUUAAUGUUAAAAUAAGGUUGUAUUGGUUCGUUAUUUCAGAAACAUUACUGAGGUUUAAAUAUCCUGAGGUAGCAAUAUGUAUAGAUAUUACAUUUGUAAAUCAUUCUAAAGUUUUUUUAUGGAACAUCAUAUUCAGUAAAAAUGAAAUUUUAUCAUAGUUUAAACUUGCCAGAAUGGAAUGUUUGGCAUGGAACUUUGAUUACUCUUCCAUAAUUAAGUAACAGUGAGCGUCUUAAGGCAGCCCAUAAGGUUGGUGCGUGGAGGAACUGGAUUGACAUUUGAACCCUGGUUGCUAGUAAUCUUUUAAUCCAAUGUGGAUCUUUACGCAACAAGUAUGUUUAAUCAACAAUAAUGAGAAAUUCCAUCUUUAAAAGACCAGGUUUUAGCAGUUUACAUAAAAUUAGCUAUGCUGUUUCCUGUUAAUAUCUUGAGUUUCAUUUAAAAAAAUAUGGUUGCAAGAAAAAAAAAAUCUUUUAUUUGUGGUCAUGUGAAAAGAAGAACUGUCAUGUUUUGUGUUUAGACCACUGUUCCACA